GGCUCAGCUCUACCAGUCGCCAGCAGUAAGCGAGUUGUGGCCUCGUGAGCCUGUUUCCUCACCUGGAGAAUGGGCUAUGACUUCCUUCCUUCCACGGUUAUUGACGGAUAUUACUAUUCCUUCCGAGAUUAUGGAUGAGAACCUGGCGGGCUUUAGUGUGCCCAGAAAUCACCCGAGAAGCUUGUUGGGAGGCAGGUUCUGACGCUGUAGGGCUGGGUGGGGUCUGCGACGCUGUUCUCUCCACCAGCUCCCAGGUGACACGACUUCCCUCUUGAAGAACAAGAACACAGAGCAGGUAUAUGACGGCAACUAUUGCCAUGAAGAUUCUUUUUUCUCCCCAGUCAAAAGGUUCUUCCUUGCAAACAGGCAUCGAUGGAUAAGAGAAACCUCUGCUCACCUCUGAAUUCGUAGGGAAACAAGAAAAAACAAGUUUUGCUUUAGAGGCAGCCUGGGUGUGGGGAGUGAGGAGAGUGGCCUCCACGGCUCAUCAGCACGCAGCUCCACGCGCACACGUGCGCCGCAGGUGGGCCUCCGCCGGCUGCAGAAACCUCUAGAGCUCAGGCCUCAACUUGCCAUGCUGGGAACGCAGCCUCGGAGCCGGGCACACGCCUUAUUCCUCCGGCUACAGCUCUCCAGAGGAAUUUUCAAAGCACACGGGGUUCGCUUGGCAGGAGCCUCCCAGGAUAUAAACACGCAUUUGGGGCUUUUGCUUUAAGGACUGCGGUGCCUUUUUGACUGGAGGCCUGUGCCCAGGCCUCUUCCCCCUCACCUUCAUCAAAAUGGAACCACGGCCGGCCAGCCGCUGCUAGGAGCAGACACCAAAGACUCCAGGAGAGCCGGAGUGAGGAUCGGGACACCUCCCCACCCCACCCCAUCCGAUCCUGCUUUUGGUUUCCCCUCCUAAAAGGCCUGCUUCCCAACAAGCUGCUGACUCACCCAGGGUCUUGACACACUGGCUGCUCUUGGAGUUCAAGCAUACCAAGAUUCCCAGGAUGUAAGCAAUCCGGGACUGAUAUGAUGCUGCCUCUUGUGUUUAGCCAUUGGAGCAGUUACAGUUUUUUGUGCUGAGAUCAUUCUGAACACUCAAACACUAGACUUCAGCAUUCAAGGGAAGCCAAAGCCAUUGGAGGGGGAAUAAAGCCCAAAGCCUUUUAUCUGAUUUGCUCCAAAAAUUUCACUGCCCCUUCCCUACCCAACCCCCUCCCCAAAUUUAAGCUGUUGCACACAGACAGACGGCAUGGCGAGCAAGCGAAAAUCCACAACCCCGUGCAUGGUUCGGACAUCACAAGUAGUAGAACAAGAUGUGCCCGAGGAAGGAGACAGGGCCAAAGAAAAAGGAAACAGCACAACACAGCCUGAAACAACCAAGGACAGUUGGACAGUAGAACCCGAGAACUCUUCCAAAGAAAAUGAAGUGAUAGAGGUGAAAUCUACAGGGGAAAACCAAUCCAAAAAACUCCAAGGUGGUUAUGAAUGCAAAUACUGCCCCUACUCCACGCAAAACCUGAACGAGUUCACGGAGCACGUUGACACGCAGCACCCCAACGUGAUUCUCAACCCCUUAUACGUGUGUGCCGAAUGUAACUUCACAACCAAAAAGUACGACUCCCUGUCUGACCACAACUCCAAGUUCCAUCCCGGGGAGACCAACUUCAAGCUGAAGUUAAUCAAGCGCAAUAAUCAAACUGUCUUAGAGCAGUCCAUCGAAGCCACCAACCACGUCGUGUCCAUCACCACCAGCGGCCCCGGAAGCGGCGACGGUGAUCCCGGAAUCUCAGUGAGUAAAACCCCCAUCAUGAAGCCAGGGAAACCAAAAGCCGAUGCCAAGAAGGUGCCCAAGAAGCCGGAGGAGGCCACGCCCGAGAACCACGUGGAAGGGACUGCCCGCCUGGUGACAGACGCGGCUGAGAUCCUCUCGAGACUCGGAGGCGUGGAGCUCCUCCAGGACACAUUAGGGCACGUCACGCCUUCUGUCCAGCUCCCACCAAAUAUCAACCUUGUCCCGAAGGUCCCCGUCCCUCUGAAUACUACCAAAUACAACUCUGCCCUGGACACGAAUGCCACCAUGAUCAACUCCUUCAACAAGUUCCCUUACCCGACCCAGGCCGAGUUGUCCUGGCUGACAGCUGCUUCCAAACACCCAGAAGAGCACAUCAGAAUCUGGUUUGCCACACAGCGCUUAAAGCAUGGCAUCAGCUGGUCCCCGGAGGAGGUGGAGGAGGCCCGGAAAAAGAUGUUUAAUGGCACCAUCCAGUCAGUACCCCCCACGAUCACCGUGCUGCCGGCCCAGCUGGCGCCCACAAAGAUGUCACAGCCCAUCCUCCAGACAGCUCUGCCGUGCCAGAUUCUCGGCCAGACCAGCCUGGUGCUGACUCAGGUGACCAGCGGAUCAACAACGGUCUCCUGCUCCCCCAUCACGCUUGCCGUGGCCGGAGUGACCAACCAUGGCCAAAAAAGGCCUUUAGUGACUCCCCAGGCCGCCCCCGAGCCCAAGCGUCCACACAUCGCUCAGGUGCCAGAGCCCCCGCCCAAGGUGGCCAACCCUGUGCUGACGCCAGCCAGUGACCGCAAGAAGACAAAGGAGCAGAUUGCGCAUCUCAAGGCAAGCUUUCUCCAGAGCCAGUUUCCUGACGAUGCCGAGGUCUAUCGGCUCAUCGAGGUGACCGGCCUUGCCAGGAGUGAGAUCAAGAAGUGGUUCAGCGAUCACCGGUAUCGGUGUCAAAGAGGCAUCGUCCACAUCACCAGCGAAUCCCUUGCCAAAGACCAGUUGGCCAUCGCAGCCUCCCGACACGGCCGCGCAUACCACGCGUACCCGGACUUUGCCCCACAGAAAUUCAAAGAAAAAACACAGGGUCAGAUUAAAACCCUGGAGGACAGCUUUUUGAAAAGCUCUUUCCCGACCCAAGCAGAACUGGAUAGACUAAGGGUGGAAACCAAGCUGAGCAGGAGAGAGAUCGAAUCCUGGUUCUCAGAGAGACGGAAGCUUCGGGACAGCAUGGAACAAGCAGUCUUGGAUUCCAUGGGGACUGGCAAAAAAGGCCAAGAUGUGGUGGCCCCCAAUGGUGCUCUGUCUCGACUUGACCAGCUCUCCGGUGCCCAGUUAGCCAGUUCUCUGCCCAGCCCUUCACCAGCAAUUACGAAAAAUCAGGAACAGGUACAUCUCCUGCGGAGCACGUUUGCAAGAACCCAGUGGCCUACUCCCCAGGAGUAUGACCAGUUAGCAGCCAAGACGGGCCUGGUCCGAACUGAAAUUGUGCGCUGGUUCAAAGAGAACAGGUGCUUGCUAAAAACCGGAACCUUAAAGUGGAUGGAGCAGUACCAGCACCAGCAGAUAGCGGGAGAUCACGUUUACGACGCCCCACCAAGGAAAGCAGUGAAAGCCGUCAUCACUGAGAGCCCAAAGAAUGGAAGUGACGUGGGUCAGCAACAUUACAAGGACCCCAAAAAGCUCUGUGAAGAGGACUUGGAGAAGCUGGUACCCAGGGUGAAAGUGAGCAACGAGCAAGCCAAGGAUGGUGUGCCGGCCAAGCCUUCUGAAGCCACCUCGGACAGGUCGGAGGGCAGCAGCCGGGACGGCCAGGGCAGCGAAGAGAAUGAGGAGUCGGGUGUUGUGGAUUGGGUGGAGGUCACGGUCGGAGAGGAGGACGCCAUCUCAGACAGGUCGGAUAGCUGGAGUCAGACGGCAGCCGAAGGCACCGCAGAACAGGCCGGCUCGGACUCCGACAGCAUCCCUGCCGAGGCUGGCCAGGCCUAACAGGGAAGUCCGUCAGAACUGCAUUGCAGAUAAAGGGGACGCUCUGUCUUUGAGGAAGGAAGAGGACCUCCCUCCCCGGCCGUGGGCCACCCUGGCCAGAGGCUCCAAGUGGAACCACUUAGCCGGCGUGUGGCUGCUGGGUGCCGGAGCCCCAGCCUUCACACACACCCCGCCCGGAGGACCGGCGGGAAUUGUUCAUAGUGCCAAAGUCCUACUACUGCGUUUUCAAUGGGUCCUUGUAAAUAGUUUGCUCCUCUGCCCUGGCCCCCACUUCUUGCUAUACUGGAACCAAUUUGUACGAUGUGGGAAUUUUGUUACCUUUUUAAUCAAGGGCAACGUCCUUUUCCAGCACUACCAUUGUAAGGUUUUUUCCAGGAGGGAGGGCUGAUCACAUGUGCUUUUCUCUUUUUCCUUUUUUUUUUUUUAAUCUUUAUUUUAUUAAUUUUGGGGAGGGGGGGGAUGUUAGCAUUAGUGCCAUUAUAUCUACUGGAUUUUAGGUAGGGAGAGUUCGUUUUAUUAAAAGUAGUUUGAAAUUUGGGAGAUUUCUCCGUGGGAAGGGCUAGGAUUUGGGCUUCUGUCUGAACUUUGAGAGGGUUUUACAGAUGGCACAUCUUCCAGAUCAAGCCCAUUUUUGGUUCUCCCUCCCCCACCAGCCACCUCUGGGGUCCCUGUUUAGCCACGCACAGGGCUUUCCGAACUGCCAACAGGUGGAUCUGGUUUUCUCCGCCGCCUGGCCUCUUGGGCUGACCUUGGGCGGAGCCAGCACCAGAGAACUAGGGAGCAGGUGGCUCCCUCUUUCAGCGUCUUGUUAGAUACCAGCAGAAAGGGCUUCCACAUUUCUAGCAUUAUCGUUACUUUUGUGAAACUCCAACAAAAAGAGGUCUUCCUAUCUAGAUGGUACAAAGAUGAACAACUUUGGUUUUGAUUUCUGUUCCUAACUGCCUUUUCUCAGUGUGGUAUUUGACAAGAUUUCAGCCUGAAGCCUCACCAUGAUCUGAUUUUUUUUGUUUGUGUUUGUUUUUGGGCCAAUUUUAGAUUCCUGAGUGCACUUUUGUUUUUUGUUGUUGUUGGUUUUUUUUUUCCAAUUAGUCCUAACUUUUAAAGAGGAAAAACCAAGAGACAUAUCUGGUGUAAAUGUUGCAAUAUGAAUUGUGUUUGCAACCCCUUCCCCCCACCCCACCCCCCAUUUGGGUAUACUGCACAAAUAAAAUGCUAGGGAGUUUGGAAAAAAAAAAACAUUUUUUCUAACUUGUUGCUCAUUUGUUGUAACUCAAUAAAGCAGAGACUAAACAUUUUUA